CAAAAUACAGUAUGCAAGCGGGGGCGAGUGAGGUCACGGACGCAAACACCCUUGCGCUGGAGAAAGUCGUCGCGUUCGUCAAGAAGCAACGCCCACGAGCGCUGACAAAGGAGGAGCGACUGGACAUCUUGAUGCUGUACGCGCGCAUGUCGCUCGACGGGGAGAAGGACGUGAGCAACCGCGUCGCCAAGCUCCUGGGCCGGAAUCGUCAGAUCGUGCAAUCUGUGUGGCGAGACUUCCGCACGACCGAGAGCGUGCGCGUCCAACAGGUCGCGGCGAAUCGAGUGAACCACGCGACCAAGUUUCCUCGCACGAAGGCGGUGGUGUCGCUAGUCGUACGUUUUGUCACGGAGCGUCAAGCCGCGGGAGUCACGUGCGCCGACGUGUUGACUUGUUUAGAAGCGUACAACGUCCUUCAAGUCGACCGAAGCGAUCCCAAAGCAGCGCCCGAUGGCAAGUUCAUCGUGUCAGUUGCGCCAAGCUCGUAGUGAUAUCAUAUUUGUACAAACCCUGUACCUACUACUAUAAUACCUCGGAAGUACGUAAAUAUUAACAGUAAGUUUUUUUAAAUACUAUUAAUACUAGUACUACUGCGGAG